AUGUCCCGCCCCCCAGAGCCCUCGCAGUCCACGCACCGACACUACCUGCGCCAGGCCCUGUCCCUCGCACGGCAGUCGGAGCCCAAACCCACGAAUUUCCGCGUCGGAUGCGUCAUCGUGUCGUUCCCUACAUCAUCUGGCACAGCAACGUCCAAGAGCGAGGGGAGCGGAGGCGGAGGCGGAAGGGAGAACGACCAGGUCGACGACGGCGAGGAUGUUGUCGAAGGCGAGGUUCUCUCGACAGGGUACACACUGGAACUCGAGGGGAACACGCACGCGGAGCAGAACGCUCUGACGAAGCUCGCGCUCAAGCACGGUCUCACUUCCUCCUCCUCCUCCUCUCCCUCUCUUCCUUCUUCCUCGCAGUCGCAGUCGCAAUCGGACCUGGACCUAGACCAACUGAAUCUCCUGGGCGAGCGCGUCCUGACUCCCGAAAGAAACGUGCACUUGUACACGACCCUCGAACCGUGCGGGAAACGACUCAGCGGGAACACGCCGUGCGUGCAGCGCAUCAUCGCCACGAGAGCCGCCACGACGACGACGACAGGUGAAAAGGUCCGGGGUGGGGGGAUCAGGAAGGUCGUCUUCGGCGCCCGCGAGCCGGGCACGUUCGUGCGGGACUCGCCGAGUUUGAGCAUGUUGGAUGCCGCGGGCGUGCAGUGGGAGUAUGUCGGGGGCAUGGAUGGGGAGAUUCUACAAGUGGCCAAGGCGGGUCAUCUUGGCCAGGGGCAAGGAGGAGGGGAAGAAGGGAAGGUCACCAAUGUCGACGACAUAUCGCCGGACGAGAGACGGCGGCAGGAGGCACUACCGCGGAACCCCAAGAAGAGGAUGAUGGAGGUUGAUGUCCCGCCGCCGCCGCCGUGA